UUGAUGUCACUGUUUGGGUUCUUUGUCAUUACAGGAGAAAGAAGUGAAAGCAGGCCGAAACCUCAGAAUAUGGAUGAUAUCAACCAAAAACAACCAGCACCAGCAAGUAAAGAUGAGCCAGCGGCGAUCCCUGUGGAAAAGACUUUUCCUGCUAUGAAGCAGCCCAGAAAACGCAAGCGCGCCAACAGUGAGGACAGAAGCUUGAGCUGUGAUCAGUGUGGAAAGACCUUUACUCAGAUUGGUAGCUUAAAAUCACAUCAGCUGAUCCACACCGGUGGGAAACCAUUCAGCUGUGAUCAGUGUGGAAGGUCUUUUACUCAGAUUGGUCACUUGAAAUCACAUCAACUGAUCCACACCGGUGGGAAACCAUUCAACUGUGAUCAGUGUGGGAAGUCUUUUACUCAAAUUGGUAGCUUGAAAUCACAUCAACUAAUCCACACCGGUGUGAAACCAUUCAGCUGUGAUCAGUGUGAAAAGUCUUUUACUCAGAUUGGUAGCUUGAAAUCACAUCAGCGGAUCCACACCGGUGUGAAACCAUUCAGCUGUGAUCAGUGUGGAAAGUCUUUUACUCAGAUUGGUAACUUGAAAUCACAUCAGCGGAUCCACACCAGUGUGAAACCAUUCAGCUGUGAUCAGUGUGGAAAGACCUUUACUCAGAUUUGUAACAUGAAAUCACAUCAGCUGAUCCACACCGGUGUGAAACCAUUCAGCUGUGAUCAGUGUGGAAAGACCUUUACUCAUAGAUCCAGCUUAAAAGAACAUCAGGUUGUCCACAGCAAAGUUAAACCAUUCAGCUGUGAUCAGUGUGGGAAGACCUUUGCUCUGAGAUGCACCUUAAAACAACAUCAGGUUGUCCACACUGAAUUUAAAGCUUUCAACUGUGAUCAGUGUGGGAAGUCUUUUACUCAGAUUGGUAGCUUGAAAUCAGAUCUGUUGGCCUGGAAAGUGGCCAGUGAUUAUUGGUCUUGGCUGAUGGCUGGUGUUUCGCUGCUGGACUUGGAAGCAGCGGUGCAGUCGGUGCUGGAUGAGGAAGUGGGCGUGCAGGUGUGGCAGGUAUGGACAGCUCACAGACCCCCGGUGCUCAAAUCUCCGACUCAGGCAGAGCGGGACCAUCCGAUGCGCAGAUCCUCUGCGCUCAAACUUCCACCUCAGGUUGAGCGGGCACCUCUAGUGUGCAGAACCAUGUAG